AUGCCGCCCUGGGAUGGGCAGCUCAGACCCCCAGCUUGGCCGCCGGGACCCAGGGCCCAGAUGGAGCCCCGAGGCGGUGGAACCCCCGGCCCUCCUGGCCAGUGCUCAUCCUGCCCUGGUCCGGCGUCUUCUGGAGACCAGAUGCAGAGGCUUCUGCAGGGCCCUGCCCCAUGGCCCCCUGGUGAGCCCCCUCGGAGUCCCGAGUCCCCUGGCCACAGCACUGGCUCCCAGAGGCCCCCCGAUAGCCCUGGAGGCCCACCACGGAGCCCCAGCCGGAAGAAGAGGCGAGCUGUGGGUGCCAAGGGGGGUGGGCACGCAGGGGCCUCUACCUCUGCCCGGACGGGCUCCCCGCUGCUCCCCGCGGCCAGUCCUGAGAUGGCAAAGCUGACGGCCAAAGCCAGGCAGGAGGAGCUGGGGCCAGGCCCUACAGGAGCUCCUAAGCCAGGGCCAGAUUUGGGCCUAUCUACACCCGUCCCUGUGACUGAGCAAGGCACAGACCAGAUCAGAACCCCUCCCCGAGCUGAGCUGCACACGGGGUCCACACCUGUCCAGGAAGCCCACCCAGAUGUCUCAUGGGCUAAGUCAGACCUGGCUGUGUCCACACCUGCCUCCGAGCCACAACCUGACACGGCUGUGUCCACACUGACUUCUGAGCCUCAGUCCAGUGUGGCCCUGUCUACACCCGUCUCCACGCUGCAACCUGACACGGACACGGCUGUGUCCACACCUGCCCCCGAGCAUGGCCUGGACAUGGCCUUGCCGACAGCAGGCCCAGCGGCUAAGCUAGAGGUGGCUUCACCUCCACCCGUCUCAGAGGCUGCGCCGAGGGUGACCGAGUCCAGCAGGCUUGUGUUUACCCCCGUUCCCACGGCUGACGCCGCUGGCCCCGCCUGGUCUCCCACCCGCAGAGCUGGGCCUGAUGUGGAGACAGAGGUGGUUGUGUCUGCGCCCUCAGCAGGGGCCCCUGGAUACCGCUCUGGGGAGCCCGCACUGGGUCUCACCCAAGUCCCCAAGAAGAAGAAAGUGCGCUUCUCCGUGGCUGGGCCCGGCCCCAACAAGCCAGGCCCAGGAGAGGCCUCAGGCCUGGCCCCAUCGGCCACAGCCAGGCCCUCAGCCCCCCGGACAGCAACUGGGGGCCACGGGGGGCCCGGAGCCUGGGAUGCUGUGGCCGUCGGUCCCCGGCCCCACCAGCCUCGGAUCCUCAAGCACCUGCCUCGCCCCCCUCCCUCUGCCGUGAUGAGGGCCCGGCCCGGGCGCAGCUUUGCCGUGACCCUCCCGGAGGCCUACGAGUUCUUCUUCUGUGACACCAUCGAGGAGGACGAGGAUGCUGAGGCGGCAGCAGCCAGUCAGGAUCCGGCAGGCAUCCAGUGGCCGGACAUGUGCGAAUUCUUCUUCCAAGACACCGGAGCCCAGAGGCCGAGGCAGCGGGGGUCCCCGGCGCCACUCCCAAGAGCUGAUCCUGUACCGGCCCCCGUACCUGGAGACCCUGUGCCCAUCUCCAUCCCUGAGGUCUAUGAACACUUCUUCGGAGACGACAGGCUUGAGGGCGUGCUAGGGCCGGCUGUCCUGCCCCAGCUGCAGGCCCCGGAGCCUCCCAGAUCGGCCUUCCAGGGUGCGGGGCCGGGGACCCCCCUCAAGCCAGCCACAGUAGAGCGGCUCCACCUGGCUCUUAGGCGGGCAGGGGAGCUCCGGGGGCCUGUCCCGUCAUUUGCCUUCAGCCAGAAUGACAUGUGCCUGGUGUUUGUAGCCCUUGCCACCUGGGCUGUGAGGACGUCAGAUCUGCACACCCCAGACGCUUGGAAAACAGUCUUGCUGGCCAACGUCGGCACCAUCUCUGCCAUCCGCUACUUCCGCCGGCAGGUGGGGCAAGAGCGCCACAGCCCCAGCUCCUAGGAGCCAGGCCCGGGCCAGGGAGAUGCGGGAUGAGGAGACGACCACAGGCACCCAGGACGGGACGAGGUGCCACCCUUGCCCGAGCCCUCUGACCCCUGUCUUCUACGGCGUCCAGGAGGGGGGCGUGUCCUGGUGCUGCUCCCUCGGACUCACCUGAGGAUCCAGCCAGUGGCCACGGCCGCUCCCCACGCCUGGGAGGGAAGGUGCUAAAGUCUGGCCCCAUGCACCUCCCACCCACCUGUGCGGGCAGGUGCUGCAGCUUGACCCUCGAGGCACAGACAGCGCUGCCGCCGGGUUCGUGCCCUGACGCCGUCC